AUGGAUUUCAGCGGAUAUUCUAAAGAGGUUAGUUUUGAAUUUUGUAUAGUUCUACAAAAACUGUGGUGUUUUUCAUUUUUUACCUUGAUAGAAAGAAUAGUUAAACAAAGAACACCCGUCUUAUCAUUUUGUAUUAUCAUCUUUGAAAAAAUUGAUUUUGCACCGAAAAGUUUCUGGUUUUAGUUUUAAAUAAAAUGCUUGUUGGUUUGGUCCAAACUGUGGUGUUUUAUGUUUACGAGGUAGUAUAAAAAUCAAUAAUUCCUAAAAGUUAUCCAAAAUUAAUUUAUUCCAGACACUUCUGAGUGGCGCGAUUUUUGGAGGUGCUGCAGCCGCUGCCAUCGCAUAUUUCUAUCUAACAAGUGAUUCAAGAUCAUCAGAUUCAGCGAAUAAAUUAGUUCCCGGAUUGGCGAAUCAAGGAAAUACAUGUUAUAUCAACUCACUUCUCCAAGCAUUAUCGAGUUGUCCAUCUUUUGUCGCCUGGUUGCGAAAUAUUAAACUUGAAGAAGCUGGAUAUCAAGGUGGAUUUAUUGAUGCUUUGAGAGAGGUUAUUGAGGGAUUGAAUGAGCCAACUGGGGGAAUUUUGAAUGCUGGAAGUAUUGUGAAUGCAUUAUCUGCUCAUGGAUGGAAUAUUAAAUUUGGUAAAUUGUUUAUAUUUUCUUCAAAAAAAAUCAAUAACGUUCCGAUUUUCAGGCGUGGAACAUGAUUUGUACGAACUGUUCAAUGUAUUUGUGACAACUUGGGAAGAUGAGCUCAAAAAUUGUCGUGACACUUUGAUUCGAAAAUCUAUUGACGAUUGUUUUUCGUCGGAUGACGAUAAUUCGACAUCGAGUCCAGCGAUCACCAGAAAAUUAUUGGCUUUCAAAAAUGUGGCGAAAUCUGCACGAGCUGAUGCGAAACUCAGAAGUCCGUGCUCUGGAAUGACGGCCACAGAAUUCAGAUGUUGUAAUACACAGUGUGGAUAUAAGGUACUCAAUGUUUCUCCCUGAAAUCCAUAUAAUUUUUUCAUUUCCAGACCGUUAAAUAUGAGUCAUUCACUGUUUUAACCCUCUCAAUACCAAAUUCACAAAUGGGAACAUCAACAAAUGCUGAAGCACUUCUUCGCAGAUAUUUUUGCUCGGAAAUUAUUCGCGAUGCGAUUUGUGACAAAUGCAAAGCGACAAAUCGAAAACAAAUGGGAUUUUUGAAAAAGCAUGGAAUUGUAAAGGUAGGAUAAAUGAAUUUAGUUUAAUGUUUAGCAAAAAAAUUCCAGCUCCCACAAACUUUGAUGAUUCGAAUUGAACGAGUUGGAAUGCUGCCAUCCGGAAGUUUGAAGCUCAGCGAACAUGUUGCGUUUGGGGAAUGUUUGUCUCUUCAAGAAGUUUGUUUUAGAAAACAAUCAAAACAUAAAAAGGUAGGAGUUUUCUCCAUUUUUUGAGUUAAUCUAGAAUAAAAUAAGUUUUAGUUAGCCUAUGAGCAAAACAUGAAUAAAUGGCAAUUACCUGAUGGAACAUCUCGAGUUGUUGGAGGAGCCGAAGAAGUUCGAUCAAAUCAAUCGCCAGUUCAUCCACAUCCAAAUAAUGGUUAUGAUUUAGCAUCGUACGCUGUUAUUGAGUAAGUUUUAUCCAUUUUCGUUUAAAAAAAAAUUCUCAACUAGAACGUUUUUUCAGCGGUGGUUCAUUUGUGGCUGAACGCAAAGAAGCGCAAAAAUUCACCUAUCAACUUCGAGCGGUUUCCGAGCAUCGAGGAGGUCCGUAUUCGGGACAUUUUGUAACAUAUCGACGCGCUUCGGCGCCAAAUCAUCAUACGUGGUAUUGUACCAAUGAUUCACAGGUUUGUGCUGGGUUUUGAGAGAGUUUUCAUGGAAGAAAGUUUAACUUUUACAUUUUUUGUUACAAUUUUUCAAUAGGGGAAAAAAUAUUUUAGGAGAUUUCCGAAAUCCAAAUCUUUUGAAAAAAAAGUAGUUUUUUUCGGAACUACUCCAAAAUUUCUGAUUUUGAGAGGUUUUGAUUUUUACGAAGCUUUAAAUACAUUUCAAAAGUUGCUCUAGAGAUUCGUGAAUUCGAAUCUGAAAAUUUUAAAAUUGAAAUCCUGAGCCUUGUAAUUUGAAUCUUAGGCUUUGUUAGAUUUCAUGGAAACCGGAAAUAUUCAACCUAUUUUCCUGCUCAAAGCGAAAUUUCCUUUCUAAAUGUUCGUCCUGAAAUUCAAGCUUCUCCCAAAAUCUAUCAAAUAUAAAAUAUUAUUUGCAGGUAACACGUGUCACAUAUUCUCAAGUCGCUUCUUGUCAAAGUUAUAUGCUUUUCUACGAACGAAUUCGGCCACAUCGAUCAUAUGAUCGCGCAUAA